AUGACUGGCCCACAGAGAGCGCCCACCCCUUAUCCCUCUCACUUCCAGACGUUAGAAGAGAGCUUCAUGGCUGGGAUAAUAGAAAUGCCAACUCUUAUCCAACCCAUCCUAAGCUUCCCUUCCCAGCAGGAAUCCAACAACUCAUUGCUAGAAUUUCUUGAUGAAGGAGGUUUUUGCUAUCCUUUUGCACCCCUGUCACAUGUCACUCACCGCCUGUUCCUUAUUCCUGGACCUUCAAACUCUUCUAGCAAUGAUGCUGUGGUCCUACAUCAAUUCCCAGGACCUAUAGAAGUCCCCCCAACUGAUUCAGAAGCAUCCACCAGCUCUUACCACAUGGCCCCUAUACAAUUCUUCCCUUCUUCAUUGCCUAUGGCUAUCUCAUCCUCUCUAGAUCCUGAUCAUCCCCAUGCUGAGUCAUCCCCACCAGAUUUCCCCAGUAUACCUCCCCUCACAUCCAAUGUCUCUGACAAUGGUAGCCUUAGUAAUGCACCUAACCUUCAGCUCUUAGCCAAUGUCAGCAAAUAUAUCACGGCAUCAGAAGGAGGACACAGCAGUGAUUCACAAGAAUUUGUGGUUUACAACAUUGACCCUCUGGAAUGCAUCCUACCCUAUUUCCCUGGAGCCUAUGCUAACUUCAUUACACAACCUCCUAUGGGCAUUCCCCUCAAUGGUAAUCCGGCAUUUAGACUGCGAUGGAUAUUAACAAUGAUGGCAGACGCACUUUGCACUGCUGAACCUGUAGGGAACUGGAACUCCUUGGAUAAGGAAUGGGAGGAGGACACUUGGGAGUAUCUGCUGAUGCGAGAUGACAAUGUGUUAGAGAGUCUUUGGGCAUCCUUACAAGACCUUAGGGACCCAGGCCUAACCAACGAGGUCGAUCAUUACCAGGCCAUUGAUGCUGAGAUCAAUCUGCUACUGGCUGCAUGCAGUUCCAUCAAUGCUGAACUACUGCAUAGCCAGGAAGAAAUCAGUCAGUGCCAAACUUGUCUCAAGGGGGCCAACCUAGAGGAACAACUCAAACUCCACGAAUUCCCAAUCAUCACUCCUGUUUCUGGCACCAUGCCUCAAUGA